GCGGAACAUGCGUUGUUAACGAAGAAGAAGCCCCGGUCUUCCUUAGCUAAACUAGCCAAACGAUUUAGUGGCCUAACCUCCACAGCAAUCAUCGUUUUAGUCGAUCGUAGUUCGAUCCAAAAUGAUUCUUACUGUGAAGCCGCUUCAGGGAAAAGAAUGCAUCGUCAACGUGACCGAAGAUGAAAAAGUUUCCACGGUGAAAGAGCUCGUGUCGGAACGUCUCAACAUCCCAGCCAAUCAGCAGCGGUUGCUUUAUAAAGGCAAAGCGCUCGCAGAUGAACACAAACUAAGUGACUAUUCCAUCGGGCCAGAAGCAAAGUUAAACCUGGUCAUCCGUCCAGCGGGGGGGAGAACCGGAGCUUCGGGGACAGCCACCGGCAGCAGCAACGGAAACACAUCUCGAGGAGGAGUGUGGCAGACUGUGUCCACGAUCCUCGCAAAACACUUUAGUCCCGCAGAUGCUGCCAAAGUCCAUGAACAGCUGAUUAAGGACUACGAACGCUCGCUCCGACAACUUAGUUUGGACGACAUCGAGCGCCUGGCCAUCAGACUGCUUCACCCGGAUGCGGACGACAUGGACACGACGUCGUACAUGGACUGAGGUCCGAGGGACAGCCGUGCCGGAAGCUGCCUACUGUGAAUGCGUGAAAUGUGAUGCGGAGAGCGCGGCGUGCGCCUAAAUCAGAGUGCGAGUGAGCUUUGGAUGGUUUGUUAAGCGCCGACAUCACCGCAGAGGGUCGGUCCGUGUCGUUUACGCCGCAGUAAUGUCACGAGACCAAUUUUGGAAAACAAAGGAAUCGUUUAUGCUGUGAGUCUCAUGUUUUACAGCUCCAAGGGAACACAACUUGUCUUUGAGGAUAUUUAUUUUUAAUGUUUGGGUGAUGUGCGUUGUUCGGAGACAAGGAAGUACAUUUUCUCUUUGCUGACAACUAAUGAUCAUUGUAUGCAUUGUAAAUAUUCUGUUUAUAUUCAAAUAUUAAAAACGAGACAUCUUG